GAUGGUUUGGGUUAGCCAUGCUUGGCAGCCAUGCAGCUGGCGAAUGUUCGCCCCCUCAAAUUCAUCUCACACACCCAGUCGAGGCAUCCUGCACUCAUACACCAUGUCCGCUGAGCUCGGGCUCGCCGUAGCAGCGGCUGUAGAUCUAUGUCUCAACUACGGGAAGAAGCUGAUCGAUCUCUACCGGACCAUCAAAGGGGCUCACGAUGAAGUUGAGAGCACCCUGCUCCGUCUGGAGUCCAGCUGGAACAAGACGAAGAUCCAGCUCCGCGUUAUGCGAAGCCUAUCGGCGAAGCUCGAUGUCGACCAUGUCAGGAUCCAAGAGCAACUCCUCGAAAAACUCACCAGGACUCUGAGUGCGGCCCUUGUCAAGCUAGAGUCGGUCAUCGGGACCGAAUCAAAAGGUUACGAACCCACUGCAUUCAAGGCUAUGAAGUAUGCCUUUCUCCACCGCAGUAUCCAGCAAACUGUGAGCGAGUUGCGGGACUGGCAGAACGAAUACGAUCCGACCUGGUUUCUUGUCGUUUUGAUCCACGACAAGCUCGUAGAUACCGUGCUGGAACAGCCUCGGUUCUCGAGUGCGCCCGGCUCGAGCCCAGCGUCGGCCGUGUCCCAUUUACGCCGCCUCAGAAACGGGGCGACGGACAACGAGAUCCACGUCAACUUGGAAAGCGAAGACUUUGAUCUUUCGAAGGCAUCGACGUUGAAGUACACCACGACAAAACUUCUCUUUAAAGGCGCCGGAACAUCCGAAAAGGCAUUCCUCAUCGACACCCUGAGCUGUCGCAACUACGUCGACGUGGCCAAGGCCAGGCGCGAGGCCGAGAACCUGGCCAAGAGACUCAAAGUCAUCGACACCAAGACUUCAGGGCUGCUCCGAUGCCAAGGGCUGGUCAAGUCAAGCACCGCGGGGGCCAAGGAGCUCAGCCACAUCCACUUUGUGUUCCGGAUGCCCGCGCCGCCCGCCACGAGUCUCCGCGAGGAACUCCUGCGCCCGUCCGGGGUGAGCCUGUCGAGGAUCCUCCACAUCGCGCAGUGCCUCGCCAAGGCGGUCAGCUUCAUCCACGUGUGCGACUUUGUGCACAAGAACAUACGGCCGGAAACGAUCCUCACCUUCCCCCGCGACGACGCCGCGUCGCCCUACGGCUCGGCCUAUCUGCUCGGCUUCGACGGCUUCAGGGACGUGGACAACCAGACGCUGAAGGCCGGGGACACGGCGCCCGAAAGGAAUCUGUACCGCCAUCCGUCGCGCCAGGGACUCGACGUCCAGGCCGCCUACGUCAUGCAGCACGACAUCUACGCCCUCGGCGUGUGUCUCCUGGAGAUCGGGCUGUGGACGUCAUUCGUCGCCUAUGACUAUUAUGGCCAUCCGCAGAUAGCAUCUGAGAAUCUCGGCCACGACACCAUAGAGUUGUGCUUGUGCGGGCCGCCGCAGGACCGGGAGAAAGUAAAAGAGCAUCUCGUGAUGCUUGCUCGGGAGAAGCUGCCGUUGAGGAUGGGCGACAAGUACGCGAGGGUGGUGCUGCAUUGCUUGACAGCUCUCGACCCGGACAAUAGCACAUUCAACUGUGAAACAAUGAGGGACGAGGACGGGGUGGUUGUCGGUGUCCGGUUCAUCGAGAAGGUUCUGCUGGCGCUGAGCGAUAUUUCUCUGUAGCCACGCUCUGCGCGCUGCGACAGGGGCUGGGUGUGCGCUUGUCUCCAAGGACCAGGACUCUUCCAACGAAUCCAGCCGAAUACUUUCGGCUUUAGGAAAUACUUUCUCUCUCUGAGAGUACUUCGCCGAGAUAUUUCUCACUGUGCUAGCCAACUAUGUUGUUCAGUGCAACCGCUUGGCCGGUCCUUCUUCCCCGUCCUUGUCCUCGUGCA